AUGCCUUAUUCCCCAAAUCUUCCUGAGGUCAACAACCGCUACGCAGAGGCGUAUGCUGACCCUCAGGGCGAAGGUGAUGCUCGCCCGACCGCUCUUGACAUCAUUGAGGACGAGGGGCUGGUUGGCAAACUAUCUGACAAGGUUGCUCUCGUGACUGGCGGCACCAGCGGCAUCGGGCUCGAAAUCGUCCGUGCAUUGGCUAAAACUGGCAUGACGGUUUUCUAUACCACCCGAGAUGUUGCUAAAGGGCAGAAGGUGAAGAAACAGCUGCUGGGCGAGGACCCCAACUACAAAUUGGAGGUCGUGCAGAUUGAGCUGAGCAGCUUGAAAAGUGUAAAAAAAGCUGCCGACGACUUCCUCAGCAGGGCUCACAGACUCGAUAUUCUAAUGCUCAACGGAGGCGUUGGUGCGGUUCCUCGAGCCUUCACCGAGGACGGUUUUGAGUCUCAAUUUGCCAUCAACUACCUCUCCCACUUUUAUCUUUUCAAUCUCUUAAAGAACCUGCUCCUGGAAACCGUCUCCAUCCACAAUGUCAAUGUACGUGUUGUAGCUACAUCCAGCACUGCACAUACGGCUUCAACCGUCCUGUCUGAGAACAAUUAUGACUCUCACAACCCUCAGAAUCGCGGCUAUCCAGACGCCGGGCAGACUUACGGGCAUACCCAUACAGCCAAGAUCUGGCUUUGCAAUGAAAUCGAGCGUCUGUAUGGCGAUAAGGGUGUACACGCUAUUAGCACCCACCCUGGUGGGUUCACGAGUGGACUCAUGGAUACUGUUGAACCAAAGACAAGGGAGUAUCUAGAGAAAAUGAUACAGAUGCCGCAUAUCCAGAAAGGUUGGAUGACCGUGGGACAAGGCGCAGCUACGAAUGUCAUUGCAGCCGUGGGUAAAGAUUACGAUGGACUGGGUGGGUUCUAUAUGGAGAAUUGUGGAGUCAGCCAUCCUAUUCCUGACGACAUGGUGUGGGCAGGAGAUGGGUUCAAGUCCUGGGCAUUCGACAAGGAGGGUGAAGAAAAGCUUUGGGCCGACUCGAAGAAGAUGGUGGGCCUGGAAGCUUAG